AGCCUUUCAUUCCGAUCCGUGUUACUGUUAGUUACAAAUUCAAUCGUGAACGGAUGUUCCUCCUCCUGUAGCGCUCAGGAUCCUUCAUUCUACCACCAAACACCCUCUCAGCGCUCAUAGAACAUCCAAAAAUGCGUUACCGCACCCUCGAGAUUCGGUGGCAUGAUUCAAAGCCAAUAUCUACUUGCGACUUUCAACCUGUCCCGUUCAAAAAGGCGCGUCCAACGCAGGAGAAGAAUUUUGCUGCGCAGUCAUAUAGGCUGGCUACAGGAGGCGAGGACAACCAUGUCAGAAUAUGGAUGGUGCAUCCGAACAUUCUCCCGUCGUCUCUAGCAGAAGGUGCAGAUGGUGCUGCACCACGACCUGCUCGGGUGGAAUAUCUUGCAACACUUAGCAGACACUCGGCUGCUGUGAAUGUUGUUCGGUUUUCUCCUAACGGGGAGUUCAUUGCAUCUGCUGGAGAUGACGGCAUGAUCAUCAUUUGGGCACCUACCAGCACGCCGCAGGCCGCCACGUAUGGCAGUGAUCUGAGCGCAGAUGAAUUGCAAUAUGAAAAGGAGUACUGGAAGCCGCGUACGACAUUCAGGUGCACGACGAUGCAGGUGUAUGACCUUGCCUGGAGUCCAACUGGGGAGUACAUUUUAGCCGGUAGCACGGACAACUGUGCGCGCGUAUUCUCUCCCAAUGACGGCAAAUGCGUUUAUGAGAUCGCUGAGCAUAAUCACUAUGUUCAAGGCGUAGCAUGGGACCCGCUCAACGAAUACAUUGCCACGCAGAGCAGUGACCGUUCGAUGCACGUGUAUCGGAUCUCGACCAAGCAGGGCACGUUCGAGGCUCAUGCUGUGGGCAAGAACACACGAAUGUCUUACCCCCACAAUCACAGUCGCACCCCUAGCUCGCAUAGCCAUUCAAGGUCCUACAGACACGAGUCUGCUGCUAGUGAUGUGGAGUCUACUGUCAGUGACCAGCACAAAGAGGAUGUUCUUUUCUCUGGUAACUACGCCCCUCCGACGCCGACUGCGUCAGUAGUCAGCACUCCAUCUACAUCGAUGUUUCCUCCUCCGCCGAUUGAGAGAUCUUCUUCGAGACGGUCUUCAUUCAGUGGAUCUAAUGCACCCGGCUCUCCUGCGCAUCAUGCGCGAUAUGGAAGGUCCCCCUCACCUAUGCCACCCCUUCCUGCAAUCCGUGCACUUCCUUCGCCCACAUGGUCGACCAUCAAGCUCUACGGAGAUGAAAGUUUCACGAACUUCUUCCGCCGUUUAACGUUCAGCCCUGAUGGUGGCCUCUUGCUAACUCCUGCAGGGCAAUUCGAGGACCCCAGCAUCAUCACUAACAAACCCAAGGCUGAGGAAACUCCCACUCGCGGGCGUAAAUCCAAGCUUGCGAUUACUACAAGUGAAAUGAACCCUUCAUCGGCGUCAUCGGUGUUCAUUUACUCAAGGGCGAACUUUGCCCGUCCUCCUAUUGCCCAGUUACCUGGACAUAAGAAGGCUAGCGUGGCUGUCAAGUUCUCUCCUGUGCUGUAUGAAUUGAGACAAGAUAUACUUGGCGUAGACGGUCAUAACGAGCCCAAGACAGGAACACUGGAGAAAGGCAGGGAUGGGUCUAUUUCUGUUGAUAUCUGUGGGCCUUCCACGGCACCUGCAACUCACAAGGAUGCAUUGGCACCGUCUCCGAAGGUGGAAAGGAACUUACCCCUACAUGUCGAAGCGCCUACACCUCGUGUUGUGGCUCCCGAAUCAGUUAUCCCUCCAUCGUCGAUGAAGCCUCCCACGCCAUCGCCAUCAAAGCCCUCUACCCCAGCAGUUACGCCACCCAACACUGGAUCCGUGUUUGCGUUGCCUUACCGCAUGCUGUAUGCUGUUCUGACAAUGGAUGCCGUUGCUAUCUAUGACACCCAACAAUCUGGUCCUGUCUGUAUGCUUACGAAAUUGCACUAUGAUGAAUUUACGGAUGCGUCGUGGUCUCCUGAUGGACAGUGCCUUAUACUCUCGUCGCGAGAUGGAUACUGCACGAUCGUGAUCUUUGAUGAAAUUUUACCUGCAUAUCACACACAACAAUAUGCAUUACAACUGCAGUCCAUCGCGCAACACAAUUUUGUGCCCCUCACAUACAUGAUGACGCCCUCGUCUUCCUCAGUUCCAUUACCUGCGAUUGCAACACCUACCGUUCCCGCAAAGAGGACCGAGCCACCUCUCACACCCGCUGCUAGCAUUGACGACAAUGCCACAGGCCGUAGUGCACCGGAAGUCACGCCAAAGUCGGUGCAGCCCCCGAAGAAAAAACGCCGUCUAGUGUUGACGAAGGUUGGGGAUCUCGAUCCAUGAGGGAUGGUUUGUGUCCCUCAGCAUUCUUAUUGCGUAACGUUUCAACGAGCCUAUACAUUAUGGAUUUUUAGUGAUUUUUUUCUUGGCUUUCUUGUUCACUCCCCAUUGGGCUUUUUAUGGAGUAUUCACCUCGU